GGUGGUACUUUGGGUAACCAAAUGACUUAAAAGAUCAUCUAUCUCCCUCUCUUUAUAUCUCUCUUUUGUGUGUGUGUGUGAGAGAGAGAGAGAGAUCCUCAUUUUUAUUUCCUAUUGAUUAAAAUGUUUGUUUUAUAUAUGAAAAGUGUAAACUACGAAUCAAUUGUCUCUCUAGAUGUUUGACAUUUCGUUUGAAUAUUAUAAUCCAACAUCAGAAGGAGUUUCAAAAUACUUUUGUUCGUUAGUCUGAUCUUUUUUUUUUUUCAUUUUCUUUCUUUUCUUUUCUUCUUGAUUUUCUCUCUUUCCACAUACCCAUCUCAUAUCUCAUAUAUAAAUAUAUACUCCUUAAUGUACGAACAAGCUAAAAACUUUUUACUUCCUUUAUAUCAGAAUAUAACUUUUCCCUCUAACCGUCCUUUAUUGACAUUAACCUAUGCUCAAAGUAUCGAUUGUAAAAUUGCUCUAAAAGGUAAACCAUUAUUACUCUCUGGAAAGGAAAGUAUGGCUAUGACUCAUCGAUUACGAAUUAUACAUGAUGCUAUAUUGGUUGGAAGUGGUACUGCUUGUAUAGACGAUCCUCAAUUAAACGCACGGCAUAUACCAUUAGAAGAAAUGAACAAUCAACCUCAACCAGUCAUUUUGGAUACACAUUUGAACUUGCCUUUAUCAUGUCGGUUAUUAAAGAAUUAUGCUACUGGUCAAGGAAAACAACCAUGGAUUAUCACAUCAUCAUCAUCAUCAUCUACUGAUAAAAAGAUGGCAUUGGAAAAAGCUGGGGCAAAGAUUUUCACAAUACAAGAAUCAGCAACUGGACGCCUAGCAUGGAAAGAUGUACUGGGAAUACUUUCAAAAGAAGGAAUACAAAGUGUAAUGGUAGAAGGUGGAAGUAGUAUUAUUCAAUCUUGUCUUCUAUCUGGUUUUGUGGAUCAAUUGAUUGUUACCAUUGCUCCUGUUUAUGUUGGUGAUCAAGGCAUCACUGUCUCUGCAACUACAAAUUUAGAAAAUGUUCAGUAUCAAACAUUUGGUCGAGAUAUUGUUAUGGCUGCUCACCCUGUCAAAUCAUGAUGGUAUUUUUUUUUUUUAAUGAAUCCUUAUGCGAUUUACAUCGUGCAUCUUUGACCCUGUAGAUCCCUUUAGAUUUGUAAUUGGAUUGUUUUAUAUAUGUAUAUAGUAGAUGAUCAUUAGGUUAAAGAUGAAAGCAAUUAUUUAAUUAUAUAUAUAUUACUUUGGAUUAUUUUUUUUUGAAAUAAAAAUGACAGUUUGAUAAUGACUA